CGCGGACCAUCCCGGAACUCGGCUUUAACAUAGCGUGCUGAGCCACACCCACCUGUAAUCAAUCACGCUUUCAAAACCCCCACCCCCGAAAGAUCCAUGGCCUGUGUACCACAAAGGGCAGGUUUCCAUCUUUGUGGCACCACCAUGCAGCUAGGCCUGACCCUGAUGGUGGGGGUAGCCCUGUGCUUUGGGUGUGGCCAGUCUUUCCUGAAGGCUCCUGAGCGUCCCUUUUCUGUGCUGUGGAAUGUACCCUCAGCAAGAUGUACGGUUCAGUUUGGUGUGCACCUGCCACUCAGUGCCCUCAGCAUCAUAGCCAACCAUGGCCAGCAUUUUCAUGGCCAAAAUAUCACCAUCUUCUAUAAGAACCAGUUUGGUCUUUAUCCCUAUUUUGGAUCUAGAGGCACAGCCCACAAUGGGGGCAUCCCCCAGGCUGUGUCAUUAGACCGCCACUUGGCACAAGCUGCCCACCAGAUCCUCCACAGCCUAGGGUCUAGCUUUGCUGGCUUGGCAGUGCUGGACUGGGAAGAGUGGUAUCCACUCUGGGCUGGGAACUGGAGCCCCCACCGCCAAGUCUACUGGGAAGCCUCCUGGGCUUGGGCACAGCGGAUGUACCCUGACUUGGAUCCUCGGGAACAGUUCCACAAAGCCCACACUGGCUUUGAGCAGGCUGCCCGUGCUCUGAUGGAAUACACACUGCAGCUGGGCCAGGCACUUCGCCCGCAUGGGCUCUGGGGCUUUUACCGGUACCCAGCCUGUGGCAAUGGCUGGCACGCUACGGCUUCCAACUAUACAGGCCACUGCCGUGCAACCACCGUUAGCCGAAACAACCGGCUGCGCUGGCUCUGGGCCGCCUCCAGUGCCGUCUUUCCUAGCAUCUACCUGCCACCCAGACUGCCACCCGCCUACCAUCAGGCCUUCGUCCGGCACCGCCUGCAGGAGGCCUUCCGUGUGGCCCUUGCGGGGCAUGCACAUCCUUUACCUGUUCUGGCCUAUGUUCGCCUCACACACCAGAACUCUGGGAGAUUCUUGUCUCUGGAUGACCUGGUGAGGACUGUCGGUAUGAGCGCAGCCCUGGGCGCAGCAGGUGUGGUGCUCUGGGGAGACCUGAGCUUCUCCAACUCUGAGGAGGAGUGCUGGCAUCUCCAUGACUACCUAGUGGGCACUUUAGGCCCCUAUGUGAUCAAUGUGACAAAGGCUGCCAUGGCCUGCAGUCACCAACGAUGCCAUGGCCAUGGCCGCUGUGCCCGGAGAGACCCAGGACAAAAGGAUGCGUUUCUGCACAUGAAGCCAGAUGGUAGUCUUGGAACUUGGAAGUCCUUCAGAUGCCGGUGUUACUUGGGUUGGGCUGGCCCUACCUGCCAUGAGCCUAAACUUGAGUCUAAGGAAGCAACAUAAAGUCAGGAGCUCUUGUCCCUGUUCCCACUUUCCCAGCCCUAGGGAAAUUCCCGUUUAUGCUUUAUUUAGCGAAUAAAUAGAACGUUGCCAAGUACAUAAACCACUUCCACCAACACACCUUCCUCCAGAAUUCCUGAGGAAUAGAUAGGGCCUAAUAAAAAUAUAAAACCAGAAUCAGAGUCCUCUGAGAUCAUCUGACUUAAGGCAAUAAAGCUGCCUCAGGGAGUCAGUUCCAGGCAUUUUUUUUGUUGUUGUUUGUUUGUUUUUUCGAGACAGGAUUUUUCUUCGUGUAGUUUUGGUGCCUGUCCUAGAUCUUACUCUGUAGACCAGGCUGGCCUCGAACUCACAGAGAUCCGCCUGGCUCUGCCUCCUGAGUGCAGGGAUAAACGGCAUGCACCACCACCACCACCACCACCACCACCACCGCUCGGCAGUUCCAGACAUUUAAGGUUGCCAGCUAGCCUAAGGCUGUGUUCCUAUACCUCAGUGAAUCUUCAGAGAAGUCAUAUCUAGGGAACAGUGAGACAACCUCCCAAUGCACAUGCACAUAAGCAUGCAUGCACACGCCCUCGCCAAAAAAAAUAAAAUAAAAUAAAAUAAAUUCAGCUAAGGUCUGUUAAAUGCUAAGCUAUUAUCUGUACUCAUCCAUAAAGUCCUCUUUCGUUACCUGA